UAUUGAACAAGAAGCAGCGAUAAUCCAUAAAAUCCAAAAAUACCUCAAUCAGGAACCAAGGAUUCCCAAGAAAUAAUCAUGUGUCCAAGUUAUGUUCCCAACAAAUAAGGUCACAAUCAAUAAAUUACCCCACCAAAUCCCACCCCACUUUUCACUGAAUCCCCCUCACCCAAAAAAUUCCGCCUUCUCCUCCAUCAAACAAAUAACCUAUCACUCGAACCACCCCCAAACAAACAAACACAGGCACCCAAAAUGUCCAUCAACGCCUUCACUGAAGCCCUUACUUUCGCCCAAUCCGGCGCCAAGUUCACCCCGGACGUCCAAUCGGCUGCCUCCGGCAUCAACGCCGAUCUCCUCAAGGCUGCCGUCCAGGCCAUACUUGAUGGCGGUAACGAUGCAAAGGUUGAGGGUGAACUGGCCUCGACCCUGAAGGCUGGUUUCGAGUUCGCGACUAAGGUCGUGAAGAUGUUGCAGAAGGAGCCUGGUCAGACCGAGAUGUUGAGCUUUUACAAGUACUUCAAGAAGGCUCAGAAUGAGGAAGUCAAGGCCCCUGGAAUGCUCGAUUUUGUGGGAAAGGCCAAGUACAACGCGUGGAAGGAGAUUAGCCACCUCAGCGACCAGAAGGCUCAGGCUCUGUAUAUCCAGGAGGUUAAUGCUGCCAUUGAGAAGUAUGGUACCCGUGACUAAGUGCCGAGAUUGGCGGUUUUGGUUAAGCUAGGGAGGAAUAUUAUAGGCUUGGACUGAGGUGAUGAGUUACGAUGUUAGAUCUCUGCCUGC